CGCGCAGGGAUGGCGACUGUGAUCCUGGAGCCCGCGGGCCGCAGCAGCUGGGACGAGCCCGUGCGCAUCGCCGUGCGAGGUCUGUUCCCGGGACAGCCCGUCACGCUGCGCGCGUCCCUGCGCGACGAGAAUGGCGCGCUCUUCCGGUCCCACGCGCGGUACGAAGCGGACGCCGGCGGCGGCCUGGACCUGGCGUGCGCACGCGCGCUGGGCGGCAGCUUCACGGGGCUCGAGCCCAUGGGGCUGCUUUGGGCGCUGGAGCCCGAGAAGCCUUUUUGGCGGUUUGUGAAGCGGGACGUGCAGACGCCCUUCGCCGUGGAGCUGGAGGUGCUCGAGGGCCACAAGCCUGACGCCAGGCGGCUCCUGGGCUGGGCGAUGCUGGAGCGCGCCUUCCUGCGGCCGGGGGUGCGGCGGGUGCCGGUGCGCGAGGGCCGGUUGCGCGCCACGCUCUUCCUGCCGCCAGGACCUGGACCUUUCCCAGGGAUCAUUGACAUCUUUGGAGUUGCAGGAGGCCUGUUGGAAUAUAGAGCCAGCCUUCUGGCUGGUCAUGGCUUUGCCACGUUGGCGCUAGCUUUUUAUAACUUUGAAGAUCUUCCCAAUGAAUUGGAUAUCAUAGACCUGGGCUACUUUGAAGAAGCUGUGUGUUACAUGCUUCAACACUCCCAGGUAAAGGGCCCAGGCAUUGGGCUUCUGGGCUUUUCUUUAGGGGCUGAUAUUUGUCUCUCCAUGGCCUCAUUUUUAAAGAACAUCUCAGCCACAGUUUCCAUCAAUGGCUCUGGGAUCUGUGCAAACAGACCUAUACACUACAAGCAGACUUGCAUCCCUCCAUUGGGCUUUGAUCUGAGGAGAAUCAAGGUCGUUUACUCAGGCCUCCUGGACGUUGUGGAUAUACGGAAUGAUGCUGUAGGAGGGUGUGAGAACCCCAGCAUGAUUCCAAUUGAGAAGGCCCAGGGGCCCAUCCUCUUCAUCGUUGGUCAGGAUGACCAUAACUGGAGUAGUGAGUUAUAUGCCCAAAUAGCAUCUGAACGGUUACAGGCCCAUGGAAAGGGAAAACUUGAAAUCAUUUCUUAUCCUGGGACUGGGCAUUACAUUGAGCCUCCUUACUUCCCCCUGUGCCCAGCUUCUAUGCAUAAAAUACUGAACAAACCUGUGAUCUGGGGUGGGGUGCCCAGGGCUCAUUCUAAGGCCCAGGAAGAUGCCUGGAAACAAAUUCUAACCUUUUUCUGCAAACAUCUUGGAAGACCCCAGAAAAUAGCUUCUCCCAAAUUGUAAUGUGUUGGGCCUGUUGUCUACAUGAGAAAUUCAAGGUCAGAUUAUGGUGUUAUAAUAAUCAUAUGUGAAUUGGUUGUCCCUUGGAUAACAUUAAGUUCAUGUUGUGGGUAUUAAUGAUGUGUUUU